AUGAACAAUGAGCAGUUUCGCCGGCUUCUCAUUGAUAACGCGGCUACCUCUUCCGCUAAGCAAGCCGGUCCUACGUCAAAACGGUCCUCUGGCGAAAAUGCGGCGCCGACAGGAAGAAGCGGUGCGUUGGGAUCGAGAAUGCGAUCUAGCAUCCCUAUGACGCCUCGCGCGGUAUCAGGUGUAGAUUUCGCUCGCCAGUUAGCAGAGCAUAGACGGGAAUCACAAGGACGGCCUCCAACAAAGAAAUUCAAGUCAUCUACUGGCCCAAAGGGAUACAAAUAUACGUCAGGAUACGAGGAUCGAGCAUCACUGCGACAGAGUAACGAUGACAAGGCGGGGGAUGAUCGAGAGGAACGGGUUCGCGCCUUGGAAGAGCUAUUGAAGCUAGGACAGAUUGACCAGCGUACGUUUAACAAACUACGUGCUGAAAUUGGUGUCGGUGGUGAUGUAUCGACUUCGUCGUCGCCACCAGAACCAACCCUUGGAAAUAAGUUCAAGAAGAUCGGCUCCAAGGAGAGUGACAAGAAACGAUGGAUCGAGACAGACGCGAAUGGGCGGCGGAAGGAGAUAUUAGUCAUCACGGACUCCGAAGGGAAGACAAAGCGGAAAACGAGAUGGCUAGACAAACCUGGGGAAACGAACGGGCACUUAUUAGCUAUGGACAAGGACGCAAAGCCCCUAGGGAUGGAAGUUCCCCCGGAUGUUCUAGCAAGGAUGAAGACUACGAAAAACCCAGAGAUAGAGGAUGAUGAUGAUGAUGACAUAUUUGCAGGAGUCGGUGAUGACUACAACCCCUUGGCUAAUGCCGACGAAAACGAGGAUACUUCUUCGGAAGCAGAGAGCGAUAUGGGAAAUACCCCCACGGAGAAAGAAACUACCUCUGGAACUGACGCAGAAAUGAAGGGUGGAAAGCAACCCUCACCGUUACAACGUCGUGAUUACUUCUCCACCGGUAAAGUUAGCCAACAGGAAGUUUUUGAACCUCAACCUGAAGACCGCUCUAACCCAUUUGUAUCCGACCCUACAAUCAUGGAGGCCCUGAAAAGAGCCGCGGCGAUCAAACCGAAGGAACCACUAUCUGAUGACGACACAAACGGCGUAGACAGGGAAGCAGCCCUGAAGCAUAAAUCAUUCCUAGAGGAAGCUAGGCGGCGGGAGAGAGAAGAUGCGUUGGACAUGGACAUGGGGUUCGGUGAAAGUAGAUUUGGUGACGACGAUGACGAGGAAUUUUUCGAGCAAGGCGGUGCCAGUAACAAGAGGAAACGAGGGCCAAAGAAAAGGAAAGGGGAUAAGGACAACGUCGGGGACGUAAUGAGCGUUCUCAAGGGAAGGAGGAAAACUGGAGACACGGAAAAGCGGACAAAGGGUUAA